UGUAUGUGUGUGUGUGCCACAAGAUCACCACAAACCUUAGGUUCUUUUUUUGGGGAGGACGAGGCUUGCGAAAAGCGAAGGCGAAGCAAGCCAAGCGGCAGCAGCGUAAGCUGUCACCGACAUGGGCAGUGAUCAUUACUGCUUGAGGUGGAACAAUCAUCAAUCCAACCUUCUCGGGGUGUUCAGCCAAUUGCUCCAGGACGAGAGUCUGGUGGACGUUACACUCGCUUGCUCAGAGGGCGCCUCCAUCCGAGCCCACAAGGUUGUACUCUCGGCUUGCUCCUCGUACUUCCAAACGCUGUUUCUUGACCAUCCGGCCCGGCACCCGAUCGUCAUACUGAAGGACGUCCGAUUUGCCGAGCUGCGCACGCUGAUUGAAUUCAUGUACAAGGGCGAGGUAAAUGUCGAAUACUGUCAGCUUUCGGCACUGCUAAAGACAGCAAAAUCGCUCAAGGUCAAAGGUUUGACAGAAAUGACAAAUCAGAGCAGUCCGCUAACGGAGCCGAAACUAGAACCCGAGCGACUCAGACCCCACAGCAGCCAUGGUGCCGGAGGUGGAGGAGGAGGGGCAGGAGGUGGUAACAACAGUAGCAGUGGUGGAGGCGGUGCACUGGCCGCAUCGGAGGCCAUUCUUCCAACGAACCUCUCGACGACGUUCCCAACGGGGACGCUAGCGAGUAGCGGCAGCUCGUACAUCACCACCUCCACCAUCUCCACGACCAGUGGUGGCGCCUCCCCGACAACGGGUAGCACUGUUAGUACUAGCGUUGCAGCGUCCGGAGCAGGCAGUGAGCCGGUUGGUGGAGAUAGACGGUCCACGGUAUCGCCAUCCCAUCAACACCACCCUCAUCAGUCGCAGCAGCUGGCAGAGCUACAGCAGCAUCACCAACACCCGCAUCAUCAUCACUACCCGCACCACCAACAACAACAGCAACGUAUGAGUUCCUCCGGGUUUGCCAGUGCAGGUGCCACCUCAGUAAGCUCGCAUAGUAGUAGCAGCAGCAGCAGCAGCAGCAGCACUACCACUACUACUACCACCAGCACCACCACAACCACCACCAGCAGCAGCAGCGGUGGUGUGACGGAUCUAUCGACAACGCUUGGUAAACACCGAUUCCUAGAGGACGGCACGGACGGUACCUCCACGACGGCAGCGCGCGUUAGUACGAGCCAACGCCCGAAGUUAUCGCCCACGUCCGAGGCGGUCGCGUCGAUCGCCUGCCCUACAACGCCACUCUCACUCACCCGGAAGCAUCGCGAAACCGUCGGUGCGAUUAUCUCAGCCACCACAGCCUUAUCCUCAUCGGCCACCGUAUCUUCCACGGCGCUGCACAGUGGUACCAGCGGGGGCAAAGCGUCGAGUUCCUCCUCCUUCACGUCGGUGGCGGCACUAGCGGCGGGUAUCACGACGUCACCGACCUCAACCACCGCCGCUUCUGCCACCACCUCGUCGUCCGGAUCCCUUAGCACUACGGUCAUUCAAAGACCGACGUCCGGCGAUGGUGACGGUGACGGUGGUGGCGGUAUCCUACCAUCGCAGCUGGCCGCAUCCGCUGUCAGCAGUGACGACACCAGUACGCCACUGCACGAUCACGACCACCACCACCACCACCACCACGAAGAUGAUGAAGAUGACGGACAUCAGGAACAACACCCGCAGCACGGUGAACACGGUGGUCGGGAUACACCAUCAACGGCCAGUGCCACCACCACCACGCUUGGGGUCCUGGACGAGGACCGCGCCACACUUACCGCGGCGGUGUCAACGCACCAGCCAGCAACGAGUGGCAGUGCCGAGAAGGGCCCCAACCAAAGUGCUCAUCACCACCAGUCCGGUGGGACGGCGACGCGGAUAGGUUCGCCACCAUCGGGCAGUGGUGGCGAUACGGACGUGUGUAACGAACGACGACAGUACGAAGGCGACGAACCCGACGAAACCCAGGUGACAGCGGCAUGCUCCUCCUCUACCUCGAUCGCAGGCCCGGAACAGCCGGUCCCGCCCAGUAGUAGCAGUACGCCCGGAGCUGUAACGGCGGCAAAGCAUGAGAGUAGCUUCACAACCGUUGCCUCACUGAUUGCGGACAGUAGCGCUUGUGGUGGAGUCGCCGGAAGUCCUGCGCGGCGUCGAAGUAUGUCGCACAGUCCGGUCGGCAGUGAUCCGGAGGAGAUAAGGCGUCCGGUAAGCACUAUCAGCAGCAGUGCAUUGCUACCGAUGGCAACCGAUCUCCGCACGGACGAACAUCACCAUUCGCUGCUGCUGAGAGAUGUCGCAAUGGCACCGGACUACGAUGAUGACGAUGAGGAUGAGGAGAGUGACGAUGUGGAUGAUGGUGCGGCAGAGAUGUUAUUAGCGGCUGCCGCAGUUGCACAUCAUGUUCGUGAGGCUCGUGAAGAAGGAGCGGAUAUUGUUGGUAGUGUAGAGGGUGCAGGUCGACGUCGACGCGCGUUGACGGGGAAUGAGGAGGAUGUUGCUGAAGACCACCACCACCACCGGAUUGCAUCCGCCAGAACUGAUGCGAAUGAUGACGUCGUCCCGGAAGAUGUUGAGGAUGACGACGACGACGAUGAUGAUGAUGAUGAUGAGGACGAGGAUGGUGGUGGUCCACACGAUUUGCACAUCGGCAGUACCGGCAGUACUGGCAGCACUGGCAGCGGCGUUGGCGGCGGCAGUCUGCUCAGCCACAGUCGACACCAUCAGCAUCUGUUGCAUCUCUCCUCGCACCAACACCACCAGCAGCAUCAGCUCCUGCAGCAACAUCAGCAACAACUCGUUGCGGCGGAACUGCUGCGUUCGGCCGAACAGCAACAUCAGGCACGCCAGCGACAGCAACGUCGGCGGCGCUCGUCAGAGGAUGGUGGCCCACCACGGCAAACCAACAACAGCAGCGUGACGAACAAUAAUAACAGCAGCAACUUCAACAACAACUCGGACGACGAAUAUCAACCGCCGAUGAAAAUCAAGAAUGAAGUUGACUUUUCGGCGUUUUCCGGUCUCAACAUGACGAUCAAUGCGGCGAGCGCCAACGUGAACCUCUCCGCAGCGCUCAACUCAUCGUCCGCGGCAGGUCCGGGCCCAUUACUGCUCGCCACCGAUCUGAGGCCCGCAUCGCGCGGCGGUAUCGCCGUGUCCGGUGCGGAAUCGCUUAUCGUCAGCAAUGCCUCCACCUCGUCCACAACCGCGCCGAGCGGGAGUAAGAAUGGUGAGCAGCAACAGCAGCAGCGCGAACGUGGUUCGCCACCGCACCAUCUGCAACAUCACCACCAACGGACGGCCGCGGCCGCUGCGACGGCGGCCGCACUGGCUGUGUUUAAUGCGAGCGGUCUCUCCAGUCCGCUGUCCGAACCGAUCGCAGGACCCUCCGGCAUCAUGGGACCGGUCCAGCAAGUGCCUCUGUCGCUAAAGAAGGAGAUCGACUGGGGCGAUGACAAGUCGUCGGGCGAAAGUUCACUGGACUUCCGCCAUGCGCAUGACUCGGAAGCGUCGGAGGGGCCACAUGGAAGCGUUGGUGGUAUUGGUGGUGGCGGCGGCGGCACAGGCGGUGUGAGCGCCGGUAGCGGUAUGGGUGCUAGUGGUGGCGUCGGUGCAAAUAGCGGCAUCGGUGGAAUCCUGGGACUCUGUACCACCACUCACGGGAGCGGUGGUGAAGGUGGUGGUCUCAGUGGCCGUCGUUCGGCAAGCAGUGGUAGUGGAGGUGGCAGCGGUAAUGGUGGUGGUAGUGGUGGCAGCAGUGGGAAGGAAAGUGCUGGAGCGACCGUUACGGCGGGUGGUGGUGGUGUUGGUAGUGGGUGUAUGUCCGGUGGUGCGGGAAGCGGUGGCAGUGUGGGUGGCGGUGGUCCGCCCGGGUUGCUAGCGGCGGCGGUGGACCAUCCGCAUUCGCAUGCGCACCACCAUCACCAUCACCAUCACCACCAGCAGCAGCAGCAGCAGCCGGGUGGUGGUGGGGCGUCGACGACCGCCGGUCUGCCGGUGCACACCUGCAUGUACUGCGGCGUGACGUUUCACAACCAGAACAAGCUGACUCGCCACAUCCUGUCGCACUCGCUCGAGUCGCUCAAGUUCCGCGAGGCGACACACCUGAUCCAUCCGCAUCUGGCGCUGCGGCACGAGCUGACGCAGGUCGCACUGGCUGCCCAGCAGGCCCAGUCACCGUCGCCGUCGCAGCUACCGUCGCCGCACUACGGCCACCACCGUGGCAGCGGUGGGCCGCCCACGCUCGAGCAGAUGCUCGAUCCGGCGGAAGCGAUGGCGGAGCUGGAGCUGGCGGCCGUGCUGGCCUCCCAGCCGGUUGGCGGGCUCGGGCUCGGACCGGUGGUUGGCGGUGGCAAUCCACUCACCGGCGGUGUCGGCACCGACCAGGGCGGCAACAAUGUGGUGCUGUGCAAGUUUUGUGGCAAGAGUUUCCCGGACGUAACGUCGCUCAUCACGCAUCUGCCGGUACACACGGGCGACCGGCCGUUCAAAUGCGAGUACUGCGGCAAAGCGUUCAAGCUACGGCAUCACAUGAAGGACCACUGUCGAGUCCACACAGGCGAACGCCCAUUUCGGUGUGGCAUGUGCGGGAAAACGUUCUCGCGCUCGACAAUACUGAAGGCGCACGAAAAGACGCACUAUCCAAAGUACGCGCGAAAGUUCCUGACGUCCCCGCCGCCCAUCGACGGGAAAGACGAUUCUCCCCAAUAGUGCGACGAUUUGCAUCUGCUGAACUUUCUCCUCCUGUACAACCUGCAGCAG